AUGCCGCUCAGGAGAGCAUUACAUUUCGUUUUUAAAAUCGGAAAUAGGAAUGAAACCAUAAAAUUUUACCGUGAAAUACUUGGGAUGAAGGUAAGAGGUAUCAGUUAUCGUGUCAGUGAUUUUGGCGCGUCGUUUCGUGCUUGCCCAUGGAUGACUCAGUUGGCUCUUAUAAUCUCGCGCCUUGCUGCAUAGUUGUUUGCUGUCUUUACCUUAUAAACACGGUGGGUAUCAAAAGUAAUUCCAGUCGUUUAAUUUUUGAACGAAUGUGUCCUGUUUAUUAGGUUUUGCGCCAUGAAGAGUUUGAAGAGGGUUGUAAGGCAUCUUGCAAUGGGUACGUAUGUCAUGUGAUUUUGUAAAAUUCAGUAGGCUUAUUGUAGAAAAAACGUUGACAUCAUAGAAUUUUUAGAUUGAAAGGAAAAGUUGUUAACAUCACUCAUGUACGCCAUGCACUGCCAAAGAGAAAGUCACCCUUUUCAUGGCGCUAAAAUUGAAAUUGUAUGGUCUGUUUAGCCAUAUAUACCCAUGUGCCCCCCCCCCCCCCCCCCCCCCCCCCCCCCCCCCCCCCCACAACCAAAAAAAACACACAACAAAACAACCAACAACCGAACGACCCAAAAAAAAAAACAGUCGGCGACCGACCGAAGAACAGACACAACAAAAAACCACACCAACAAAAAAAAAUAAAAAAUAAAAAUUGUAACAGAAAAAGAAAAAAAUCUAACCACCCCCCCAUCGCCCCCCCACGCCCCAAAAAAAGACCCCCCUCUCCUUCGCUCAAAAUUAAAAACUUUUGUGUCGUUUUCCUAAAAAAAACCCCCCUCCCCCCCCCCCCCCCCCCCGCUCCCAAGCUUAUAUGAGCAAAGCAAAUGCAAGUGCAAAUUCAAGCAUACUGGAGACACACAAUCAUAUGUAAAGAGGCUGCCUUAAUGGAACACAAUAGAAGUACAAGUGCUACCUCAACAAAGCUAAAAAUUUUAAUUUCUAGCGUUGCCCUUGCCUUCUAUAAACACAUGUUGAUAGUUAAGCAUUCAGCCUCCUACUUCUCCUGAUGAGAAUCACCUGAUAAAAAUCAGAUCAUAUUUUUUACAAAUGACGGGGUUUAUUUUGCCACAUGAUAACAAUAAAUUUUUUAUGUGUAUGGACUUUAAAGAAGUUUUAGAGUAUCAUUACUUCCUGUUUUAUCAUGGUUUUAUUACUCAGGGGUUUCAAUAAUAAUUGAAGUAGCCAGCAGGUUUGAAUAGAGUAACCGACUGUAUCAACAAGGGGCUGUUAGUCCCCUUCUUCUAGGAGGAUCUGGGGGCGUGCUCCCCAGAAAAUUUUGGAAUUUUGAAGCCCUAAAAUGAGAUUUCCAGUGUUCCAGGGACUAAAUUGAGAACAGUAGAGCCUGUUUUUCUUUCAAGAAAAUAUAGCUUUCAAUCAGGUUUCAUAGCCACACAAUCAAUUCUUACAAGCAAUGAACAAAUGUUGAUAUUCAAAGUUAAGUGCAUUUGCACAUAAACAAAUUCUGCAUAAACCUACAAAGAAACUUGGAAAAAAAUUGACUGAAAUACAGCGUUUGUGUAACAAGACAAGACAAGACAUUUAUUAUCAUAAUAUUGCAAGUAACCAGAAGCACUUCUGGUGUAACUAAAGCAUGACAUAUCAGUGGACCUUGAAUAUUAACUUGCGUUUUAAUUUAGAUUUAAUUAAAUAUCUUUUGUUUCUGACAUUUUUUAAAACUUGCUUCUUUUUCAGAGAAAAAAGUAGGUGAUUGCUCUGAGCAAAGUAGCCGACACAUUUCGUCGGUCGUCGGUACUUAUUGAAACCCCUGAUUACUGUUGUAACAUUCUUAAGCCCUUUAAAAAAGUUAUGCAAAUUAGACUACCUUUACCUGAUCAACUUAUAAAGAAGACAGCCUAAUUUGCUUAUUGUUUUGGGAUAGUCUAGAUCAUGAGGACAAUGGUAGAAAAACAAUAGUUAGCUCGUUUUAUGUCACUGAACUGCAUGAGAGGGAAAAAUCAACCAAAAGAUAGCUGAUGCAGUGUAACAGUUUAUAACUGUAGUAGCACUUUUUCUCUGAGGGAUUAAUAACCUGCUCUUAUACAAUAGAUGCAAUAGCAGUGAGAACAAAAAUUGCGUAAAUCUGUCGUGAUAGAGAUGUGAUGGUGAAUUUUAAGUCUGGUGAAUAUAUGAAUACAUUUGACUCCUAUUACAAGUACUAGGAUAUUUUCUUCUACUCUGCCUUUGCCACUGACUGAAGAAACAUCUUCCAAAAAAUGCAUAGUUUUGGACUUUCCUUUUUUAUAUCUGAGGUUACCACAGCAACACUAUGGUGCUUGAUAACUUUAAUAACUUUAAUUAAUUAUAAGGACCUUGAACUAAAAUUUAGUAAAGUGUUAGUGAGUCGAACUGUAGCCAUGGUAAACUCUUGUGUCAAGAAGGGACCAUAUAACAUACGAGUGGAUAAACAUUAAGGAAACCAGGGACUGAUCUUGCAGGAGGGUGCAGGGAGUGUGCACCCCCCCCCCCCCCCCCCCCUCCAAAGCACUGUUGAUUGUAUUUUAUUUUGUUUUUUUUUUUACAACAAAAAAAAAAAAAAAACAAAAAAAACAUUCAAACAAAUUCAUGAGAGAGAGAAAGAAAAAUUGUAUUUUUGGUAAAUAAUAGAUAGAAUGAUAUUAGUUGUUUGUUUUGCAUGGUCUUAGAUCAUGUUUAAAAUGUGCUGACCAGUAGAAAAAGCGAAAAAAAAGAGUGAAUUCCUACAUUGACCAGUUUUAAUGUCUCUUUUCUUUUUAUCCUCUAUGUGUUUUUUAAAUUCGUUCAUUUAUUAUUAUUAUUACUAUUAUUAGUUAUUAUUUUAUCUUGUGAAUAGCAUCUUUAUAGUUGUAUUGUUUUAUUCUAAGGUUUUUUAAUGUGCAUGUACAAGUUUUACAUCUGUGAAAGGAUAGUUGCCUUUAAAAAAAAAAAUUUCCCCCAGCUUCCACCCUGCCACCUUUUACCUUCUUAAGUUGUAAUUUAUUNAGAUCAUGUUUAAAAUGUGCUGACCAGUAGAAAAAGCGAAAAAAAAGAGUGAAUUCCUACAUUGACCAGUUUUAAUGUCUCUUUUCUUUUUAUCCUCUAUGUGUUUUUUAAAUUCGUUCAUUUAUUAUUAUUAUUACUAUUAUUAGUUAUUAUUUUAUCUUGUGAAUAGCAUCUUUAUAGUUGUAUUGUUUUAUUCUAAGGUUUUUUAAUGUGCAUGUACAAGUUUUACAUCUGUGAAAGGAUAGUUGCCUUUAAAAAAAAAAAUUUCCCCCAGCUUCCACCCUGCCACCUUUUACCUUCUUAAGUUGUAAUUUAUUGUAUGGAUGGCAGAGUAUCGGUAAACAUAAACUUUAAACUUGUCUGCAGGGUCUUUCAGUUCACUCCAAGACUGCUUUUGCCAAUGCAACAAAACACAACUACCCCAUCCAAGAACAAUCAGACAAUUGCAUGACUGUUCAAGCACCAGAUGGCUACAAAUUCUUACUAGUUAAUGAGGAUGGUAAAGAUGGGGCAGGUGAGAGAUGUUGAUUGUAUUCUCAUGAAAGAUUGCCUACAAGGAAAAUAAGAAUUAUUGAAAUGUGUUUUUCAAUAAACCCUUUCACAGUUUUUCAAUUUUUAAUGAAGAAACUGAUGGAAAAAGGACCCUAAAAUGAAGUUACUUUAGUUACCGAGUUUAAAUGUGAUACAUCCAAAGAGAGUGAAGUUGUCGCUCCGCAAAGUUGCUGAGACUUUUGUAUGGUGGGCAGGGUUGUCAGAAAGUUUUGAAAUAGAUGGCUUAGUUGUCAAAGUAAGCAGCCAGUCCAGGCAUAUUUUAUUUAAAAAAAUGCCAUUCAUAAAGAAAUGCAAAGCAGAGUAGCUGGCUGAUACUAACCAAGUAGGUGGUGAUUUUUGCUGGUAGCUGGCUACUUUUGACAACCCUGGUUGGGGAGGCAAGAUUGUGAAAUUUUACAGACAUUUUUAUGUUAAAAUGUCUGUAAAAUUCAGUGGGUUUGUGGUUUUAUAUCUCUGUUUGUUUUCAACAAAUCACUUAUAAGUUUGGCAAGUGUACUGAUUUUAAGGUGUCUUUUCCCUCUUUGUUGACCAAUUUUCACUGACUGGUCCCUCUCAAAAGCUAAAAAAUAAAACUAUGGAAAGAUUUAUAUACAUGUAAUGAUGAAUUUUUUUGUAUGGUAAAUCUAGUCUCAAAGCCCACAAACCUUAUAGCACUGAAGCUUUUGGCUGAAUCUCCACAGUCUUUGUCAGUAAUAACAGACCUCAGGGUUGAGACUGGAAAUGUUAUUCAAUUGAUCACUAAUGGAAAUAAAUAAAUAAAAAAGAAAAGCUAGGCACAGCAAAGGCAACAGUGUUGUGAAGUUUAGUUGCUAAGUUGAUUUCAUGUGCACAGAUGAAAUCAGAGGUUUUCGAACAGGAUGACGUCAUACAUCAUUAUAGUACUAGCAUUAUGCAUGCUCUCUAUAUCUUAUUUCCAUCGUUUUAGUGUUUUCAAGAUACGUGUGCAAACAAUUCAAAUGUUAGAUACAUGUGGAUGCGUUUUUUUAAAAAACAGAGAACAAAAACUCAAUUUCAAAAGUAUCCACCUACGUGUGGAUGAUGCCUUAAACACCAUGUGAAUAUAUAUAUAUUUUGGCCUGUUGACAGAACUUGUAGCCUUCCACUCUUUAGAGCUGGCCACUGCUCAUAAUGCAGACUAAACAAAUGCUUUUUUCUCUAAUAUCUUAAAUGUACCCAGAUGCAGUAACAAAGGUAGCCAUUGGAGUGUCCAGCCUAGCGAAUUCCUUGGCUUACUGGCACAAGUUAUUAGGAAUGACAGUGUUUGAUCUGACAGACACUAAAGCAGUACUGGGUUAUGAUGCUGACAAGUGCAAGCUUGAACUUAUUCAACUUGAACAACCAGUGGAUCAUGCUACAGCGUUCGGGAGAAUCGCUUUCUCAUGUCCUCGACAUCAGCUACCAGCCAUUGAAAGAGCUGUCAAAGAAGCCGGUCACCCAAUAUUGACUCCACUUGUUAGUUUAGACACCCCAGGAAAGGCUACAGUAGAAGUUGUCAUAUUGGCUGAUCCGGUAAUUUAAUCAUUUUAUUUUGUAGACACAAGCUUAGGGCUGUCAUUUAGAGCCUGGGGUAGGGGAUUUGAUAAUAUUUUGUUCUAAUUAUCUAACUGAGGGAGCCCAUUCCUUAUAAGCCCGGUGGCUUCUCAUGGGCUUCCUCGCCAUGAGAGUUUACAUAAUUAGAUUUUUUAUUUGAUUUGUACAAUUUAUGGCGAACAAAACAAUAAACAAUAAACAUUUCCCGCGGCUAUUAUGAACGUGAACCCUGGCUACUUUCAUUGGAAAACAGAAGAAAAGUAGAUCCAAAAGAAACCCCUAGCUGUUUGAUUGCUCGCCUACUUGUUGUAUUUACCCGACAGCUUGAAAUCUUAGUGACAACCCUGCAAGCUUUUGUGGAGGGUGUACUGGUAACCAUUGAUCUUUUGUACUUGAUGUUUUCAUUGUCCCACAAAAAACACAAGGCCGUAUGAAAUGAGAAUUUAUCAUUUAUCGCUAAAAGUUUUGUCCUGGGCACCACAUAUUGUUUGCUGGAAUGAAAAUGACCCAGUUAGUUACUGUAGCCCCAAUUUGCCACAGAUAUUGUAGCUAAGGAUAAGUUUUGAAUUCAUCAUUGGAUUUUUGGGGCAAAACUGAAAAGUGCCAGAGGCUAGUACAAUUAAUGGAGAAUUAGUUGGUGAUUGCCCAAAAAAAUUUGUUGGAUGACAAACUGUGAUGUCAACUAAAAACAAUUAUUAAACUCUCCUUCCGCCUCCCCCUGCUUACCAAACUUGUACUGAAAAUGCCCCUUCCUAUUCAAAAGUGGCUGAACAUCAACCAACAUUUUGUGAUGUCCUGGCCCCAGUUAUUCAAAAGUUGGAUAGUACUAUCCACUGAAUAAAUCCCUCUCUAGCAGAUGCACUGUAAGUAUUAAGGAAAGUAAUGUUAUCCACUGGAUAGAGAUUUAUCCAGUGGAUAACUAAUAUUUGCUGUUUUAAUAUAUUUAUUUUUUCUCAAGCUUGUUUCUUUAAGUAAUUUGAGUCCUUUUACCUUUUAGGAUGGCCAUGAGAUUUGUUUUGUUGGCGAUGAAGCAUUUAGAGAACUGUCACAACCUGAUAUUAAUGGAGAUCAGCUACUGGAUAAAGUGAGUAAGACAGACAAAUGUAUGUCUCCCACCUGAAAUUUCAUACCUCUCAACUUUGAGAAUAAUUUAUUGGCUGGAGUAAUGUUAAUGGCUGGGAGAAUAAUUUGUUGGGUGGAGUAAUGUUCAGUGAAGAUUAAUGGAGAAAGAUUGUUCCAUCGUUUCAUUAUUCUCAGAAAGAAAAAGGUGCUUAGCAGGGCUGUCAUUAAGAGGCGGGGGCCAGAGAUUAUCCCAGCUACCAUGAACGUGGCCCCUAGCUACUUUCAUAGGCAAAUAAAAGAAAAUAGAACCAAAAGAAAUCCCUAGCUCUUUGAUUCCCCACCACCUUGUUGUAUUCACCUGGCAACUUGAAAUCUUAGUGACAACCCUGGCUUGCUUGAUUUGUGCUUUCUGAACCCAUUUUUUCUUCUCUUCCUAGGCCAUGGCUGAGGACAAAAGCGAUGAAUGGUUUAAAAAACGAAAAAAGUGGCAGAUUUGA